AUGAACAAUUCCAUGCCUGAGAAUGAUAUAAUGUGUGAUGGCAAUGACUUGUUUACUAAUCUGAUUUGGAUUAAGAUCUUCAUUGCAAUUUUUCUCUUUGGUUUGGUAACAUUUGCUGCAUGUGGAAAUAUAUUGGUGAUGAUCACUUUGAUCCGAAUCAGGAAAUUUACUCGAAAAAUAAACGUGUUUUUCAUAUCCCUGGCGGUUGUUGACAUGAUUAUAGCCGUUUUUGUUAUGAUACCGUCAAUUCUUCGUCAUCUUAGCCAGGCAUGGUUCCUACAUGACCGGAUGACAACUCGGAUUAUAUUGCUUCUGGACGUAAUGUGUUCCACCUCAUCUAUACUGCAUUUUACUUGCAUGACUACUGACCGCUUCAUAGCUAUCAGCAAACCAUUAAGAUAUUUCCAAAUCAUGACGCGUAAGGUCGUUGUAUUUCUUUUACUGUUGUUGUGGACACUUCCUUUUUUAGAGGGAUACUUACUGAGUACAUUCAAUCCUCAUGUCUCUCUCUGCUUACCUGGUGCUGACUUCACUCCGGCUCUUGUUGGAUCCAUAGUUAGUUUCUACAUACCAUUAGCGUUCAAUAUAGUUAUGAACAUCAAAAUAUAUUUGAUUGUGAGAAGACGUAGAUUUCAUGUCCUAAGCGGUAAUCAAUUACAAAGUUUCGAUUACAUAAAAAUGGAGUUCCGAGUCGCACGUACAAUAAGCAUAUUGUUUGGAUGUUUUUGUGCCUCAUGGACCCCAUUUUUUGCUGCUAAUAUUUACAGUGCCAUAAGAAAAGAAAACCUGAGUCAUCUUAUUUGGUAUAUUGUCACCUGGAUAGGAUAUUUUAAUUCUACGAUGAAUCCAUUUUUAUUUUAUUUUUUACAUAAGAGGAAAAGUAUGCGAAAGAAAAAUACGAUCAUCACUCAUCACAUCUCAAAUAAAAAAGAAGAAAACGUUUUAUAUCAAUCAAAUUCAACCAUUAACACUUUCAUGUAG